GGCGCCAGCACCAUGUGGGCCACCCAACUCCUGCCCGCCUUGCUGCUCCAUCAGCUGCUGCUGCUUCCCAUCACCAUCCCCGUGGCAGAGUGUAGAGGAAAAAGGAGAAAUCCUCUUCAUGACUUCAAAAAAACAGGAGAGUUGAUGCUCAUUAAAGUAAACAAAGCACUGGAAGUAAAAACCAAGCUGUUAAACACCACUGAGCAAUGUGCCAAGAGAUGCAGCAGGAACAAAGGUCUUUCAUUCACUUGCAAGGCCUUUGCUUAUGACAGAGUUACAAAACGGUGCCAUUGGUUAUCCUUCAACAGCUUGACAAAUGGUGUGAGAAAGAAGCAAGACCAUGCAUUUGAUCUGUAUGAAAAGAAGGACUAUGUCAGGAAUUGUAUCAUCGGAAAAGGAGCAGACUACAAAGGAAUGAUAUCUGUUACCAAAAGUGGUAUCCAGUGUCAAGCCUGGAAUUCAAUGAUCCCCCAUGAGCACAGCUUUUUGCCUUCGAGCUAUCGGGGUAAAGACCUGCGGGAAAACUAUUGUCGAAACCCCCGAGGGGAAGAGGGAGGGCCAUGGUGCUUCACCACCAGUCCAGAGACACGCCAUGAAGUCUGUGACAUCCCCCUCUGUUCACAAGUUGAAUGCAUGACCUGCAAUGGAGAGAGUUACAGAGGGCCAAUGGAUCACACCGAGACAGGCAAGGAGUGUCAGCGCUGGGAUCUUCAGAGACCACACAAGCACAAAUUUCGUCCAGAGAGAUAUCCCGACAAGGGCUUUGAUGAUAAUUACUGCCGCAAUCCUGAUGGCAAGCUGAGACCAUGGUGCUACACUCUUGACCCUAACACCCCCUGGGAGUUCUGUGCAAUUAAAACGUGUGAUGAAAGAGUCAUGAACAGCACGGAGGUAGCAGCUGAGACAUCAACGUGCAUACAGGGACAAGGUGAGGGUUAUCGUGGCACGGUGAACACCAUAUGGAGUGGGAUCCAAUGCCAGCGAUGGGACUCCCAAUUUCCUCACCAGCACAACAUUACUCCUGAGAACUUCAAGUGCAAGGAUUUGAGGGAGAACUACUGCAGAAAUCCAGAUGGAUCUGAAUCACCCUGGUGUUUUACCACUGACCCAAACAUCCGUAUUGGUUAUUGCUCCCAGAUUCCUAAGUGCGAUGUAUCAAAUGAGCAAGAUUGCUAUCGUGGCAAUGGAAAGAGUUACAUGGGGAACCUAUCCAAGACAAGAUUUGGGCUAACUUGCUCCACAUGGGACAAGAAUAUUGAAGACUUACGUAGGCAUAUACAAAUAUUCAGAGAACCAGAUGUUAGUAAACUGAAGAAAAACUAUUGCCGCAAUCCAGAUGAUGAUUUUCAUGGUCCCUGGUGUUACACAGAUGAUCCUCUCGUUCCCUGGGAUUACUGCCCUAUUUCUCGAUGUGAAGGGGAUACAACUCCUACUACAACCAGCUUGGAUGAUACUGUCAUUCCUUGUGCCUCAACAAAACAUUUGAGAGUUGUAAAUGGAAUCCCAACACAAACUAACGAAGGAUGGGUGGUUAGCUUGACAUACAGGAAUAAGCAUAUCUGUGGAGGUACUUUAAUAAAGGAAGAGUGGGUUCUAACAGCAAGGCAGUGUUUCCCUUCUCGGUACAAAGAUUUGAAAGAUUACAAAGCCUGGCUUGGAGUCCAUAAUAUCAAAGGAAAGGGAGAGGAGAAGCAUAGACAAGUUCUGAAUAUCUCCCAGUUGGUAUAUGGCCCUGCAGGAUCAGAUUUGGUCUUGCUGAAACUUAGCAGACCUGCCAUAUUGACAAAUUUUGUAGAAAUAAUCCGAUUGCCCAUUUCUGGAUGUACCAUUCCAGAGAAGACCAGUUGCAGUGUUUAUGGAUGGGGAUACACAGGAUUAAUUAACUAUGAUGGCCUUCUCCGGGUAGCGAAUCUGUUUAUUUUGGGAAAUGAGAAAUGCAAUCAGUAUCUCAAAGGGAAGAUCACCGUGAAUGAGUCAGAAAUCUGUGCUGUGGCUGAAACCAUUGGUGCUGGGCCUUGUGAGAGAGAUUAUGGUGGUCCUUUGGUUUGUGAACAAAACAGACUGAAGAUAGUAGUUGGUGUUAUUGUUCCUGGCCGUGGAUGUGCCAUUCGAAAUCGUCCUGGGAUUUUUGUCCGGGUCUCAUAUUAUUCCCGGUGGAUACACAAGAUUAUGAUGACCUACAGAAAACCCUGAAAACUUGACAACUUCCAUUCAAAGAAAGAUUUUUGACAGCAUGGAAUUAAUGUGUAAUGUAAAGAUCAACAAUUUUUUAACUACUUGAUAGUCAAGUUUGUUGAGCUUCUUUUAAUAUUUAUGGGUGUUUUUGGUGUUUUUGUCUAUCGAUCAGUGUUGUUUUAUAAGUGUUGGAGUGACUUACAGUAUAUGCAAGUAUGGUGACAUAUCUCCUGAAGAUACUUGAAUGAGUAAAAAAUUUUGCAAAGACAUUACUGGAUGAUAAAUGGUUUUGUAGGAAUAGAUCAUAUGACCUCUUUUAUGCUGCUCUUCAGAUUAUUUAGGAAGAGAGUAAAAUCAUAGUUUUAUUUAUCACAUCUUAUUAUUUCUAUGAGCCAUAUAUUUCUCUUCAUAUAUUACAAAAGACCUAUUGAGAGAUAUAUGCAUCUGUCAAGGACAGCAUAUAUGAUCAUGUUUCUCUUUCGCCCUUAUAAGAGGUCAAUAUUUCAUUAAAAAUAAUCUCUUUAGAAAUUAAUCUUUUCAUUAUUGAUGGACUUUGGCAAGCCUGCCGCAAGCAGAGUUCUCAUAGAAGUCAAUAUAACUUCCUUUUACAUAGUGUUUAUAAAGCCUAGUUUUGCACUUAGUUCCCCCAAUGUGUAUGUGGUCCUAUAAUAGAUAUCUCAAAAUCCAUUUUGGAUGAAGGAUGAGACAUAAAAGUGGAUUGCUUAGUAAACUAUUAAUCAUUUGUUUAAAGUUAGAUAUAACCAUCGAUUUACAAUGCUAAAAAGAGUAUUUCAUACAGAUUGAAAAAUUAAUCCUGAUUAGCUACUGCUAAAUUUCAAUCAUAUAUAUCAAAUCUUCCUCAAGAGACAAGUGUUAAGAACUCAUUUGAUUUUAAUUAUUUUGUGUAAGUAACUCUAUUUGCAUCAGGAAAAAGAAUAGUUAGAAUAGUUGGAUCUGGCACCUGUCUGAGAGACUUAGUACUGGGAAAAGUAAGUUAUACAUUACUAGGCUUUCAGAGACUUAAGAUCUUUAAUAAAACCUUACCUAGAUUUGUACAAAUUUAUAUCCUCUGUGUAAUUGAAUUUCAGGGUAAUAAAAUUAUUGCAGAUAUUGAUAUGAUCUUGUAUGUAAUAAGGAAAACAUCAUCAGUAGUUUAGUAGCUUGUGUUUUCUGUCUGUAUGUAAAGCCAUCACUUUAUAUUGAUGGGGAAAGGGAACUAAUAGCAUCCAUGAAAAGCACGUGUUCUCCUUUAGGCAUUUACUGGUAUGGCUGGAAGUAUUAUACAAAUAUGUUGUUAUAGGUGGCACCAAUUACCCUGUAAUUUCUGGAAAAUUGAUACAAUAUAUAUCAAAUUGUUUGUUUUACUACUGUACAUGUAAUUGCAUAAGUAACUGCACUGUUACUUCACUUGUGACUGUGUAACUGUAAAUGUUUCCAUUACCAAAUUGUAUGACGUGUAUCAUAUCUAACUGCAUAGCCGCUAAGGUGGCAUCAUGGUGUAGGACAUUUCUAAAAGGACAUUUCAUUCAGAAGACACAGGGUUGAAUUUUGCCCUGGCAGAAAUUAACCAGUUCAGGGGAGCUGUUCUGGGAGGCAUUCUUCAUGCUGACUCAUCAAAACAUUUUCUUCAGCAGUGCACUUUCAUUUCAAUGGGACUCAAAUAUGCUUACAUCUCCUGGUGAACUGGGAUGCUUUUCAGCCCAUGCUUAAGUGGUUUGGCAUGCUAAGAUUUGUGUCAAACAUCCAGAAGAUUCUACUGGCACAUAGGAAGAAGUCUUUCAGCAAGCAGAGCUUCUGAAAUUCCUCCUGAUGUAAAUAGUCUCUUUGGAUAAGAUGCAACUUCUCUGUACAGCAGAUCUGGAGGUGGUGGAUGCUACACAGAUAGUCUGUACUGAUACAUUCCAGCUGCCUCUGAAGAUUUUAUUCUCCUUUUGGGCUUUCUUGCUUGCCAGACCUAAAGAGGACAGGAUUUAGCCUGUUGUAUUUACAGUUAAUUAUUGCCAUGUAUGUGAAGAACAUAUUCUUAGUAAUUAUAUACUGACCAUAUCUUACUGAAAGGAUUAACUUUUCAAGAGAAAAUUUUAAAAAACUCCAAGAGAGUUUUGUCUCCAGUCACAAGCAGAAUGUGGAUAAAAUAUAUAACUCCAUGUUCACUCUUUGUACUCUAAGAAUUAUUAUGUGCCCACUGUAUUAUAUUUGCAGGCAUUUUGUUAUGUCUAAUUAAAAUAAAUCGAAUCGUAAAAUAUUUUAGUUAUAAGCUUCUGCUGUGCAGAAGACUGUGAUUUUUAUAUAUAUAUAUACACAUAUAUAUAUAUGAUAAAAAUACUG